AUGGCACCGAAAACAAAUGGAAGUAUUCGAAAAAGCAAAAAAUUAGUUAUUGUUGGUGAUGGAAUGUGUGGUAAAACAUGUCUUUUAUUUGCUUUUAAAGAUGAUCGAUUUAUUCCAUCACAUGAUGCAACUAUCUUUGAUACAUAUGUAGCUGAUAUUCAAGUUGAUGGAGCAACUAUUGAUUUAGCUCUAUUCGAUACAGCUGGUCAAGAAGAUUAUGAUCGUCUUCGUCCAUUAUCAUAUCCUGAUACAAAUAUUGUUCUAAUAUGUUUUAGUGUUGAUAGUCCAGUAUCAGCAACAAGUGUUAUUGAAAAAUGGAUACCUGAAGUUCGACAUUUUUGUGGUCAAUGUCCUGUAAUAUUAGUAGCUUGUAAGAAAGAUUUACGAACUGACCCACAAGUUAUCGCUAAAUUGAAACAAGAAGGUGAAAAACCAGUGACGAAUGAAGUUGGAAAACAAUUAGCAGCACAAAUGAAAGCAGAUGCAUAUAUAGAAUGUUCAGCAAAAACUCGCGAAGGUGUUCAAGAUUUGUUUGUACAUGCAGCUCGAUUAUCACUUAAAAAACGUUCUCGAAGAGAAUCAAGCGGGCGUUGUGUGUUACAUUAG